GAAAGGAGUACUCCUGGUUUGCCAAUUUCGUAAUUGAUGCGGAGUGGAGAAGCAAAGAAAAACGACCACCUGAUGUUCAAAAGGUGGCUAAUUUGUGCUUUUACGUCUUCGUUUACCGAGUCUGUCACUCAGCCUUUUGACUUGGCAAAGACUCGACUUCAGCUUCAAAACACUGCUAAUGUUAUGAAUGGAGUGAAAACACCGUCGAGAGGCCUUUGGAGGACGAUGACAGGUGUUGUUCGAGAAGAAGGUUUUUGGGCACUCUUUGGAGGUGUUGGACCCGCAGCAUUGCGUCAAGUGAUUUAUGGAGGUAUUUGCACAGGUUUCUACAAGCCGCUGCGUCGUCUAAUGUAUCCGGGAGAAGAAAACCAAAACCUCAGUUUCCCCAAACGUCUGUGUGUUUCCCUAACGACGGGAAUCACUGGACAAACGUGUUCCCUUCCUUUAGACCUCAUUAAAGUCCGCAUGCAAGCAGAUGGACGUUUGAUCAUGAUGGGAGAAAAGCCACGAUACAAGAAUGCGACCGAUGCUUUUUUCACGAUUAUCCGGGAAGAAGGGGUUUCUGCGUUCUUCACGGGUGUUUCUCCCACCCUGAUUCGAGCUGGACUCCUCACAGUGGGUGGAAUCGCCUGCUACGACAGCAGCAAGGAGUGGAUCAUGCGCCACUUCCACACAUCGGAUUCGACUGCGAUGGGUCGUGUCAUAAACUGCACGCUCGCGUCUAUUUACAGCGGUUUUGUUUCGACAUGCAUGAGCAAUCCAUUCGACGUAGUGAAAACACGCAUGAUGGAGCAGCACCAAGACCGUCCUCUCUACAAAUCCAGCUUCGACUGUUUCAUCAAAACUGUGCGGUACGAAGGCGUUCUCGCUCUCACCAAGGGCUUCGGAGCCACGAUGUGUCGCAUGGCGCCCUGGCAGUUCAUUUUCUAUCAGCUGGGCGAGUUCCUCAGUAUGACGUUCCUUGGCGAAACCCUAACGAACUAUUCUGUUUGA